GCUGGUUUGUUUUCAAACUUCCCUUUCGUUGCCGCGGUUCUCGCACAUCCUUUCAUUCGCAUUUGCAACGGAAAUUCUCCGAGUGCCUAAAAGCCAGCUGCAUCUGCACAAGUUUUGAUCAAUUUUUUACAGGAUUCCGUGCAUUUUUGAGCAGGAUUUAGUUCGGUCGGUGUUCUGUAACUGUUUGUGAAUUGAAAAAUCACGUUCAACGAUAAUGACACGAACCAAGGCCCGUCGUUUGGUCAGCCAAAAGCGGGGAUCCGCAGAUGAACGAACCCGGAUUGAGAACAAAAUGCGCGACUUCGAAGUCAAUGUCGAAUGUGAGCUGGCAAAUUUAGAGCUGAAGUUUCGCGACGAAAUGGAUCGAGUCCAACGGUUGGUGGAUGCUCUCAAAACACGAAUCCCGAAGAAGUUUCUGUGUAUGACAAUCGAUCAGAUUAGAGAAUAUAAUGAAGAAGCCGAAAAGAUUGAUGCGUCAUUCUAUGGAGAUCGCACCGCAGCUUUGGCCAAUUUGAGUAUCAUGUUGGAAAAGUCCGUUCGUAAGAAGUCCAAAGAUGACGGUUACCUUACAGAAGAAAGCGAACAGGACCGCCUAUCGACGAUAUCGUCCACAUCCAAGCGCAUGGGACCGCUGAUGUCCGCCAAAUAUCGUCGUCGCAGCAAGUCCACGGGUGCCAUCAAUAACUCCACCGUCAGCAAAAAUCUGUUCCACAGCACAUCAACGGUGGAUCGAUCCAUUUUGGGAAAGACGUUGGGAUCAAGUCUUGUCGCUAAAGAUCGCACUUCAAGAGCUAAGAUUCGCACUCCGAUGACGAAUUCUCGAAAAGCAAUCAGCGUUGAUAGAAUUUACGGCGCCAUCACACCGAAAGUACAACCAAAUGCACCACUUGCUCUCAUCCGCCACGCUCGCCUGGGUGAACCAGUGUAUUCAAUUACCGGAAGCCCCGUUAUCACAACAAACAUCCUGGAAGCAACCGCCAACGUUAACAUUCCGAUCGAGAAUGGAAUGCUUUCGAUUCGACCGACGGAAAUGGAUUCGGUUGAUGCCUCGCUGGUGCGGAAGAUUGACCCUAACGUGCUGGCCGAAUUGAAGCAACUGCAGGACAAUCUCAACGUUAUCAUGCGAUCUCUUAAAUUGUAGCUAUAUGCCAAUUAACAGUAGUUACUGUAAUAUUGGUACUAGUUUAGUGGACAACGGUAAGGUGAUUUAUUUCUAUAUAUUUCUCUACUUGAUUUGUAUGAUUUAUUUCACUAUAUAACGCAUUUUGUUAUACAAUAUAAUAAAUAAUUCGUAACCAUUUCAUAACA